CCGCGGCGAGUGGCUCCUCCUCGACGAGCUGAACCUCGCGCCGCCGGACGUGCUCGAGGCGCUGAACCGGCUCCUCGACGACAACCGCGAGCUCCGGAUCCCCGAGACGGGCGAGGUCGUGAGGCCCGCGCCGGGCUUCGCGCUCUUCGCGACGCAGAACCCCGCGGGCGUCUGCGCCGCGUCGGGCGCGACCUACGGCGGGCGCAAGCCCCUGUCGCGCGCGUUCCGCGACCGCUUCGUCGAGAUCCACGUCGACGAGCUCUCGAGCGGCGAGCUCGCGGACGUCGUCGCGCGCGUCGGCGGCGUCGCGCCGAGCCUCGCGGCGCGCCUCGUCGACGCCCACGGGCGGCUCCGGCGGCUCCGCCUCGGCCGGGGCCGCGACGGCGGGUCCCUCUUCGAGGGGAGCCAGAGCCUGUGCUCGUCGCGCGACGUGCUCAAGUGGGCCGCGCGCGUCGGCGGCGACGGCGACCGCGACCGCGCGCUCGCGAUCGGCGACGCGAUCGUCGCGCAGCGGCUCCGCUGCGACGCGGACGUCGCCGCCGUGCGGCGCGAGCUCGCCGCGGCGCUCGGCGUCGACGCGGGGGCCGUCGACCACGGCCCGCCGGCCGGCGGCGCGCGCGCCGGGCUCCUCGCGGCGUGCGCGGCGCGCGGCGUCGCGCCGACGGCGGCGCUCCUGCGGCUCGCGGGGCUCCUCGCCGCGGCGCUGGACCACGCGGAGCCCGCGCUCCUCGUCGGCGAGACGGGCGGCGGCAAGACGACGGCCUGCGAGCUCCUCGCCGCGGCGCGCGGCGCGGACCUCGUCGUCAUCAACUGCCACAUGCACAGCGAGGCGAGCGACUUCCUCGGCGCGCUCCGGCCCGCGCGGCGGGGCUCCGGCGCGCUCUUCGAGUGGGUCGACGGCGCCCUCGUCGCGGCGAUGAAGGCCGGCGCGUUCGUGCUCCUCGACGAGCUCAACCUCGCGGACGACGCGGUCCUCGAGCGCCUCAAC